GAGGAUGUGCACGUGAUGGUGUACGUCGGCUUCGGCUACCUGAUGACGUUCCUUCGUCGGUUCGGCUACAGCGCCGUGGGCAACACGCUGCUUCAGAGUGCCAUCGUCCUUCAGUGGGCCGUCAUCAUGCGGGGUAUAUGGCGAGUGCACGGCGCCAAGAUACCGCUCGACAUGGAGAGCCUCUUAGGUGCCGAGUUUUCUGCCGUCACGUUCCUCAUCUCAUUUGGCGCACUUCUGGGCAAGACCAGUUUGAUCCAGAAUGCCAUGAUAGGGAUCAUGGAAACAGCGAUUGGUGCCGGCAACGAAUACCUGGGUGUAGUGGUGCUCCAGGCCGUGGAUCCUGGUGGUUCCAUAUUCCUGCACACUUUCGGUGCCUACUUCGGUUUGGCAGUAGCCUUCGUCACGCAUAAGAAAGACCACGUGGGCAACCGCAACGAGGGCUCCUCGUACAUUUCCGACGUCUUCUCCAUGAUUGGCACACUUUUCCUGUGGCUGUACUGGCCGAGCUUCAACGCUGCCACGGUCCGAGGCGCCGAGAGGCACCGAGCCGUGAUCAACACUUAUCUCGCACUGACGGCGUCGUGCCUGACUGCGUUCGCCGCAUCGUCUUGUCUCGACGGUCGAGGAAGACUCGACAUGGUCCACAUCCAGAACUCCACACUUGCGGGUGGCGUUGCCAUCGGCAGCAUUGCCAGCAUCUUGGCUGAGCCUCACAGCGCCAUCAUAGUGGGAAGUCUAGCCGGGACAAUCUCGGUGUUGGGAUACAAGUUCAUUUCGCCUUUCCUGGCUCGCCGCUGGAGUGUGCACGACACGUGCGGCGUGCACAACUUGCACGGCAUGCCGGGAGUUCUCGCCGGCAUCAGCAGUAUCAUAUUAGCGGCCACAACGUCCCACCAGUCUCACGGCGACAGUUUAUUCUCCGUCUAUCCGGCGAGAGCUUCUGUGUUGUUCAACGUGACUGACGGUCAUGGCUUCAACGUGACCUACGGACUUAACCGGUCCGCCGGUGAACAGGCCGCCUUCCAGCUCUGGGCUCUGCUCGCCACCUUGUCCAUCGCCAUCUCCGGAGGCGUUGCCACAGGACUCUUGAUUCGAUUGGAGUGCUUCGAGCCCGUGGACGUGCAAGACGCGUUCGAUGAUGGUGUCGCCUGGAAUGUGGCAGGUCCCGAGAUGCCUACGUUCGUGGAAGUGAAGCCGCGAGUGUCUUCCCCUCCUAGAAGGCCUCAAAUCCGGUUCAAGAACCGAGUAAUGAGCAUCUUGCGUGAAACCAGAGUUCAAGCUCCGUAAAACUCGACACAUUAAAUCAAAAAUGAAAAAAAAAUGACCUAGAGCAAGGAAUGUUGUCCUACGUGGUGCACUGUUCAACCUCGUGCCUCUCGAAUCGGACAAAUCAUGACGCGUUCAUA